UUUACAACAUAGACCCACUAUCAAUGAGUGCCAGCAUUUCUGGAUUAAUAUCCAUACUCGGCUGAUUUGAUAUAUUUGUAACUCCUUCCAGCAAUAACACCAAGGGGUAUGUUCAAGAAGUAAAAAAGCUUUUUGACGAAAAGACCAAUCUAUACGGCAUUCUUAACCAAUUACGCCUGGUAGUUUCACGGUUUGAUGGCGAAUCAAUCCCGUCCGUAACGCAAUCCCGGCAUAUAGAUGCUUAUCGAACACUUCUUAACACAAUAAAGGAACGACUAGGUAAAGCAGACCCAAGCCAUCUUAAAAGUCAAAAGCGGGUACUCACCCGAAAGAUUUCCACCUUAGGGCGAGCUCUCUUCUGGCCUUUCAGUGUCAGUGAGAUGAAGGCAUUAAUCGAAGACAUUAGGACACAGAAGUCGACAUUUAUGCUUGGCCUACAAGUGGAUGAAAUGAACAUAUUAUUAGAUGCUCUAGGUGACCGGAAGUCACAAGGACUAGAGAUAGAAGCAAUACGUGCGAAUGUUCUUGCCCUUAGAAAUGAGAGAUCAAUUUCAGUGUUAAGUAUGUGCUUCAACAUGGCAUUCUGUAUCAAUAUCUAACCAACAUGUUCGAAUAUCAGACAAAAGCAGAAGGAAAUUAUUAAAUGGAUAGCGCCAUAUGACCCCAGUCAGAGACAUCAAGACGUUCCAACGAAACUUCGGCAGCCAGGCACCGGUCAGGUAAGAAGCCAUCAGUUAUUCGAACGUUUUCAUAUCUUUCUUUAGCUAAAGGUCCCAGUGGUUCUUCAAAGGAGACCAAUUCAAUUACUGGUGUAGUUCGAAAGCAUCAAGGUUGUGGCUGUAUGGUAUUCUUAAGCAUCUCCUCUGUUUCUCAACAACUUACAGCAUUCCCCAAAACCUGUUCUGAUCUCAAUCUUAGCCGGAGCCGGCAAGACUAUAUUGAUGUAAGCUCUCAUUUCCUGCAGCUUUAGUUAUCUACUAACUCAAAAUAGCAGUUCUACCAUUAGCUGUAUAUUUGACUAGCUCGGAGAUGGUGAUUGUAUUAACUUCCCAGCUCUAUUUGAAUCUGUAACCUUCAACUAAUGGAAACUUUGCCAUUUCUAGGUUUGGCAUUUUUUUACUGCGACUACAAAGAUCCACGGACACAUGAUCCUUUGAAUAUCUGGGAUCUCUAGUUAAACAGCUUGCAUUAGCCGACCGCCGUGGGUUCGCGGAGCUGGAGAACUAUUGGGCUGAUCAUUGUCCAAAUAAGAACAUUGGUCUCAGGUUCAAAGUCUACAGAGCAACUCUGUCAUUUGCUUCAGGAUAUAUCACGAUACUUUAACAAUGUUCAUCUGAUUAUUGAUGCUCUAGAUGAGCGUGGAGAUAGCCGGUCGAAUAUUGCACGAAUUCUGGCUGAGCUAAAUGCUAGCAAGGAUAGCAAUGUCAAAAUAAUAUUAAGCUCAAGCCCCGAGCCAGAUAUUGAACAACAUCUGGCAGAUUUUGUAAGCGUUCCCAUUAUAGCACAGAGAAAUGACUUGGAACUCUACGUUCAUUCGGAAAUGCAGCGUCGGCAAGACGAUGGUCUACUAUCCAUCAAGGAUCAAAAGCUCAAAGAAGAAGUUACCGCCUGGUGAACGAAGCACAAGGAAUGUGUAAGUUACGUUAAUAUAGUUCAAUGGCACCGUGUGUUCUAGAAAGAUUGCUGACUUCUAGUCCGUUGGGUAACAUGCCAAUUCGAUCAUCUAUGCGACCUCAAUUCCGUCAAAGCAAUCAGCCAAGCCCUGCAUUCUCUUCCCCCAACAUUAAACGGAACCUACGAAAGGAUUCUAGACCGUAUCAAUCUCAGCAGUGAUGACACCAAAGGACUUGUUUAUCGAGUCUUGUUGUGGACUGUCUGUUCUGUUGUCCCGCUCUCGCUGGCUGAACUUCUUGAAGCAGUUUCUGUAAAUCCAUUUGAUAAAAAGAUGGAUCGAGAUGGUAUUCCGGCUGAAAAAAGUAUUCUGAAGAGAUGCAGUAGUCUUGUGAGAAAGACUGGUGGGGGUGGGUCAUUUGACACUCGAAUCGAACUGUCCCAUUUCACCGUUAAGGAAUUUUUAUUACUUACAAUUCAGGAUGACACUUAUGCUAGCUACCGCAUCUCACAGGAUUAUCACAACGCUUACAUGACUAAGGUCUGCUUGACAUAUCUACUGUUCGAAGAUUUCGGGGAUAUCAUCCCAUACACGAUAGAGAAAGGAGGAGGGCCCGUGAAGAGAAAUUAUGCCUUCUAUACAUACGUCACGCGAUAUUUCGUUCUUCAUGGAUGCUGUGUAGCAAUGAUGAAGAUAUUUUGA